AAAGCCCUGUUUCCCCCAACUCCACUCGCAGCUUGCCGCCCAAAGCGAAAAGAAAGGAACCCCCUCGCUCCAACAUACCUUCACCUCGGCCGGGGACACACACCCUCACACUGGGAAACCGUACCUCGCUGGGGAAUUCAGAAAAACGAGAGAGGUUGGGGACACUUCCGGGGGCGACCAGACCAUUUUGCAAAUUGGGCUCGCAAGCGCCGAAACGCUGUAUUCCGUGCGGGCUCAAGAAACAGGACACUGCACGAUAUUAGACCCAUACAGACGCACGACAGAAUGACUUACGUUAAGGGAGCGAAGGCGAUUCUGCAGGUGCUGGCACUCACCGCCGUCCUCCUCACUUGGUCCUCUGUUGACCGAAUAUUCACAGCCAUUACAGCACACGACAACUCCCUCCACAUGUGGUUCGGCUCCCCCCGGACGCCGAAAGAGAUCCACGCCGGCGAGAUCUACAACGCCACUAUCGAGUGGUCCUCCACCCUCGCGACCCGCAAGACCUACCUGAACGUCUCAUGUGAUUUUUCCCUCGUCUGCGCCGCGUCGGGAACGCCGAGCACGACUUAUCGGAUUGAUAACUUAUUGAUCAAGAAGAAGGAUGGUUCAGCCUACAUAGACUACCCGGUAACCCCCCUCGACGUCGACCCCGCCCUCGAAGUCGCCUCCUGCUACUUCGCCCUCGAGUACACAUACUGGUCCAACGUCCCGGGUACCAAAAAAUCCGCCGGCCCCUCCUUAAUCCGCACAACCGACAUUGCCCAAUCCGCCGUCUUCAAAUUUGUGCGCGCUCCCCGUCUCCUCCCGCUACCACUGGCCAACAGCACCGUGUUGUCAGCGGAAGAUAGGAAGCUGAGCCUUCAGCUCCGGGUCGACGACUUCACCCCUGCCGUACCCACAUCCCCCGCAACAACAUCCCCACCACCCCCCCGCACAGUCCAAUUCACCCCCCCUCUGACACCCCACUACUACUACACCGCCGUCUCCAUCUGGCCCGAAGACGACCCCGACUGGACGCUCUACGAGCCGCACAACGUGUGGGAGCUCGGGAUGUGGGGGUGGUGCGUGGUCCUGGGCGUUGUUUACUAUGUGGUGAGGGUGCACCCGCGCACGGCGCAUGUGAUGCCGAGGGUGCGGGAGGCGGUGGGGGAGAGGAUUGUGGGGUGGUGGGGGAAUGACUUUGAGGACCCCCUCGUCCCCCGAAAGACAGUCCGAUCCCGCCGUCGCAGUAUCCUGCGCGACCAUAUCCCGCAACACUCCCACGGCGUAUGAACGUCAUUCACAACACCCGGCUGUGGAUGUAACGCGCAUGACGUUCACGUUCGCGGCGUAUAGAAACCCUGGAGAUGGGGAGUUGGGAUAGGGGACACCUUUUUUUGCAUGUAUUUCAUAGAUGGGUUAAGGGUAUUUAUUUUUG